AAGAGUGAAGAAUGGGGGAAAGGAGAAGAGGGUGGGUGGAAAGCCUGCUGCAGCCGUCCCUCCAGAGGCGGAGCUGCCUCCGAGCACGCUGAAGGGAGGUUGAGGUGAUGCAGUGGACAUCAAUGGAGAGGAUAGAUGGAUGAGGAGGAAAGGAUGGAGCAGCAAUCUCGCCUCAACCAACAAUGCAGCGUCUCGCCGCAACGUCUUGCCGCCGUCCGUGCGCACCUCGUCGUCGUCCCGCGCACGUGGCUUGUGACGUCGCCGCGUCUCGAUCAGCGACUCACGACUGGGACCCAACACUCGGCGCCGCCUCCGCCUUUCAUCUUCUUCUUCUCCACCACCGCGUCCCCCUUCCCACGCCCACCACGCCGCGCAACAUGGAUUUCCUCUUCGGUACAAGCAAGCCCAAGUCGGCCUACACUGGCCUCGUAGACUUCUCACAGCCGUCUCUUUACAUCGCAGCUGCGAGCAUUGCGUUUAAUCCUACAUUCUGGAACAUCGUCGCGCAAAAUGAGUACCACAACAAGACGAUCACGCGCAUUCUCGGCGGUAAUCGCUACUUGGGCUGCUACAUGCUCGCCUUCACCAUCUUCUCCCUCGGCAUCAUCCGUGAUCACCUCUACAACGCCGCUCUGCAGGACCAGCCCGCUCACCCUCUCCUCGAGAACAACCCAGUCGUCAAGGCUCUGUCCGCUGCCCUCUUUAUUAGCGGUAACGUCUUUGUGCUCAGCUCCAUGUGGGCCCUGGGCGUAACGGGCACCUACUUGGGCGACUACUUUGGGAUCCUGAUGGACCACAUCGUCACAGGCUUCCCCUUCAACGUCAUGAGCGACCCAAUGUACUGGGGAAGCUCCAUGAGCUUUGCUGGUGUGGCCCUCUGGUUUGGCAAGCCGGCAGGAUUCGCGUCUGCUACGACGCGACAAGUGACUGACCUUCGUCCACUCCCUCGCACACGCAGCCCUUUUACCUCGCAAAUCUACGCCGCUGCUGCUGCCAAGGGGAAGCGUUCGUCCGGUCUGGGACAUGGAAGCACCAAGGGUCAAGCGGCCAUUGAUGACGAGGGACCGGCGCACCGUACGCGUGCUUCGACUGGGACGCCCGUCGGCAACAGCUCGUCCAACGCUGCCAAUGGCGGUGGGUCCACGCCGGGCACGCCCAGCAAGAGGAGUACGAGGAGCAGGAAGAACUGAGGGAGGGGAGGAGUCGUGAUAGGGGAGAGGCGGCGG